GGAAAAGUCAGCUGAUUUGUAGAAGACAUAAAGUCCACAAGUAAUAAUAUUUUGCGGUUUUUAAUAUUUCAUUCAUAUAUGCAAUUAAAAGUAAACUCGUAAUUAUUUGCGUUUAGUAACGUAUUGACGUAUCAUUGACAUUUUAUAAUGAAUUGUUUGGGAUUUCAUUCGAAAUAAAAAGUAAAUUAUCCUGCAUAUACUAAACAACGUCACAUCCAAUGUCUAUUUUCCCCGCAUAUACGGACGAAGAGGAGAGAAUCAACAAUGGUGCUGUCGCAGAACGUAAUCCAAUCCCUUCAUCCAGUUGGUUAAGGAACAGUAGUUUCGCCUUGGAAAAUGAUCAUAUUAAAAGUUUGGAAAGCGUUGAAUUCAUGGAUUCAAGUUGUUCAUUGGGCAAAAGUGAUACUGAAUAUACACAAAAAACAAAAAAGCAUAAAAGAAAAGCACAUAAAAAGAAGAGUAAGAAAAAAAAAAAUGAAACUGAUUGCAAUACUCAGAUUAUGCCUAUACUGGAGUUCAACGGCGCUGAAGGGUAUUAUAUAGAUAAAUCUAAGAUCCAAAUAUAUCUUACCGUACGCACUUUACAUAAACCUGCCUGCCCUCGUUAUCGCUACCGGUCAAGCUAUAUUUUGGGAAAGGGUUUCUCAUACAAGUCAAAUGUUAAAGAGACAACAAACAAAUGUGGAAAGCGCUAUUUUCGUAACAAAUAUAAUAUACAAAAUGAUCUAGUAUGUAACAAUAAACAAAUCGCUCUGGAUGAAAAUGAGUAUAUAUCAAGACUUGGACACCUGAAUCGAAAAAUAUUGCAAACAAAUUCUGAUCUCCAAGUAUGGUUGGAAUUACUAUCUUUACAGGAACAAAACCCCUACAAAUGGUCCCGCGUUUUAUUAGCUGAGAAAAAGCUUGAUAUUAUCAAUCGCGCAUUAAUCAGUUUUCCACGAAAUGAACAGUUGUAUAGAUUUUAUAUCGAUAUUAUAACUGCUACAUAUCCAUCCUUUGAAGUGACAAAAAUGUUGGAUCGUUUGCUAAUGAAAGAUCCUUAUAGUUAUACAUUAUGGACAGCGCAAAUAAUGACAACUCAGGGUUCAAUGGCUAGAUGUAUUGUACCAGAUGUACUUCGAAUCUAUGAACGUUGCAUGCGAAAAAUGCACCGUGCCCAACAAAUAAGCACACCUGUCGUGUCAGAUAUAUCUAAUGCAGACGAUAUAAUGCUACGAUUAUUUAACAAUUGCGCACUUUUUCUCCGACAAGCGGGACUUAAUGAACAAUUCAUUGCAUUAAUAAAACUUGCGCUUGAAUUAAAUAUAACAGCUGUGACUUUUAAGGGAUUUACUCCUCUUGAAUCUGAUCAAAACACUCUUAUCGAAUUCGAAGAACUGGUUCUACAAUCAGGACUUCCAAUGAAUGAAAUAUGGCUCCGUAUUGAAAAGCUUCGACAAGGAUUUAAUUUUUUGCCAUGUCCAGAAAAAAUUAAAUGCAACGAUCCACAGCGUAUUGUUUUUAAUGAAGAUAUAUGUCACUACAUAUAUCCAAUGGAAUCACGAGAAAAUUCAUUUUACUUAAUAUUACUGAUUUUAAAAUUGCUUAAAGUGCCAUUCAUUCAAUGUGAAGGAUUAGCAGAGAAGUUUAGCGCUCAUUUGGAGUUUAUCGGUGAUUCGGAUGCAAUUGAGGACAUUUUAGCAGUGUGUUUACAACGAAAUUUUGCAAUUUCUCAAAAUAAUCAAAGAGAAUUUCAAAGGGCCAUUUGUACUUUAACAAAAGAAAUGACAGUAAGCCCUUCUUUCUUAAGUAACACCAUUGGUCAUGACAUAUACAUUCGUUGCGUAACAAGCCUCUUACUUGACUGCGCUGCUUCAUAUAUAAAUAUUGAUAAAAGAAAACAUGAGCUAUUCAUUGUGUUGUGGUGUCGUUUUGAGCGUUUGAUGUUGAUUUUCGAACGGUAUAGUUCAAAAACAUACCAAGAAUAUAUUAAGGCAGGGCGGAAACGGUUUAAAAAUUUACUUAAGCAAAUACCCAACCGAAAUGUGCUUAUUUAUUAUACUGAAUUCGCUAUAUAUGAAUUUGAAUCGUUAAACGAUCCAAAAGAUGUUCAAUCAGUGGAAAAUAUAUUUGAAAACCUUAUUGCUUCUCAUUCUACAGACGAAACUCAAACAUCUGAUUUGUGCUAUACUUACGUAACGUUUGCAGAAAUUCUUAUUGGGUGUGGAAAGGAAGAGAAAGCCUUACAUGUUCUAUUAUCGUUUGCUUUUAGCAGAAAAAAUACCGAAAAAUCUGGUACUGGUAGAAUACUUGCUGCAUUACAGCAAGUCACCGAGAAGUUGGACCAUCAGAUUUCUAUUGAAAAGAGUGUAGAAAUUAUGGUACUUGAGCAAUAUUUAUUACCCGAUUACACUGUGUCAUUGCUAAAAGUGCGAGUGCUAAUUCAGUGUCUUAUUGGGCAAAAAAACGAUGCAAUUUCAUAUCUGGAUAAACUGAUGAAUAUAUUUCGAAGUUGCAAUGACCGACACCGUUUUCUUCGAGAAUGUAUCACGGAAUUGUAUUUGAGUGUACUACAAAUGACAUGCCCAUGUAAAGUGCCAAGUGCCUUAGUUCGAGACAAAAUUAAUAAUGGUCUGACUGAAUAUCCUCGGAACUUAUUCCUUCUCCAACACUGUGGCAUAUUAAACUCAAUUCCUUGGUUUCGAAUACGUACAAACCUACUUCGUAUCAAACCAACCAUCAUGUCAGUUAUAUUUUUAAUUAUCUUAGCUCGUAAUAGAUAUUUUCAGAUGUAUUAUGAUAACGAGUUUGAUAAACAAUGUAAUGAUUUAGUCAUCCGCAAUCGCAUUCUUCAUAUAUUCAAAACUUUAUCUAGUGAUCAUCUCAGCCCAAUUUCAAAGAGAAAUGCAUUGCUAAAGAAUGCAUUAUUUUGGAGGUUAUAUCUUCGUUUCUUAUCAGAUAAGUCAACCGAUUUUGAAACAAGCAAAAAAUGUCUUUUAACUGCUUUGGAUGAAUGUCCGUGGAAUAAGGCUCUAUAUUUGGAUGGAGCAACAUAUGUACCGCAAGAGUUAUCACAUUUGCAAGACUUAAUUAUCGAAAAGCAAUUACGUAUUUACGCACUUCCUGAAGAGCUUGAAAUUUUACGCGGUCAAUGAACAUAAAUGCAUUUGAAUUCAAUUAAAAAACCAAAAGAAAAUUUUUA